GUCCCGGCCGGCUGUUUUGAAAUCGGGCCGGCGGAUUUUUCCCAGCUCGCGCCCACGCGGGCCCGACCCCGGGACUGGAGCCCUCGGCCCCGGGCCAGCCAUGUCCACCCCGCCUCUGGCGCCGUCGGGGAUGGCGCCCGGCCCCUUCGCGGGGCCCCAAGCCCAGCAGGCCUCCCGGGAGGUCAACACGGCGUCGCUCUGCCGCAUCGGGCAGGAGACGGUCCAGGACAUCGUGUACAGGACCAUGGAGAUCUUCCAGCUCCUGCGGAACAUGCAGCUGCCAAAUGGUGUCACGUACCAUACGGGAACGUACCAAGACCGAUUAGCAAAGCUACAGGAUCAUCUUCGCCAGCUGUCCAUUCUCUUCAGGAAGCUGAGAUUGGUCUAUGACAAAUGCAACGAAAACUGCGGAGGGAUGGAUCCCAUUCCAGUAGAGCAACUUAUUCCCUAUGUGGAAGAAGAUGGCUCAAAGAUUGAGGAUCACACUGGCCCAGCUCGAUUUGCAAGUGAAGAAAGGCGAGAAAUUGCAGAAGUAAAUAAGAAACUAAAACAGAAGAAUCAACAGCUGAAGCAAAUUAUGGAUCAAUUACGAAACCUCAUCUGGGAUAUAAAUGCCAUGCUGGCAAUGAGAAACUAAACUGAUAUUUAAAGAUCCUGCUAUAUACGUGUUAUGUCAUUUUCCCUCUCAGGUAUAUUUUCCCUCUGAAGGAUAUUUAUCAGUUUUGUUUUAGUCCCUAGAAUUAAAGUUCCUAUUUUUGCAUUGUGGUUUUUACUGUCCAUAAGUAGUUAAAAAGCUAUAGACUGUGCAAAAAAAACUCUUGUUAACAACCUUAUUUUUAAGAGGGGUUAAUGGUGUGGUUCUUCAAGAACUGAACAAUUUGUUUUAUAAAAGCAAAUAAUUUUUUUGUAAAAUAAAAUUUUUUUACAUUGA